CAAAUGUAGCCACCCACCUCUAGGAGGAAAACGGAGCUGCAGCCCUGGUGAAACAUAAAGUUUAUUUGACUAAAGUGACGCAAAAAAUUCUUAAAGAGCUCUUUGGCAGCAGAUUAUCUGGAAAUCAGACCAUGUGAGGGGGGCUGGUGUACAAAAAGCUCCCCGGGAUGCUGAGUUGCCCGCAGGCUGCGGUAAAUGUGGGUGAAGGGGACUCGAGCUUGGAUCACCCCAAGGGAAACGCUUCGGAUCGACCCCAAAUGCAGAAAUUGCCACCAGAUGAGUGGAUGAGUCACAGGAUGGACUUAGGAAAAUGAAAAGUCACGCUAAACUCUGCCCUCAGUGUGCAAACUGAGAGUCCAGCAGCGUUCAGAGGGAGAAGGAGACACCAGAAGAAGCAGGAUUGUGACUGUGUGAGGUGUCCAGCAAUGCACAAAGUCCAGCAGAUCCUCCUCAGAGGGUGUAAUCCAGAUGGUGCUUGUGCCUUCARUCUGAUGGAUUUAAGCAUGGAAGAGGAAUUCUAGAAGUGCUGGGAACGAAGGUGUGUGAAGACAAACCACCAGUGCUGCCGCCUGUCCRCGAGUGACCAGAACAAACCUCAUAAAAAAUGGAAAAAAAGGYCACAAGCAACGAGACCGAGCCGCUGACGUCCAAAAAAGAUGCCUCAGACUGUAACAAAGGAGAAGAUUGUAAAGAGAACGGACUUGUGGGCAGGAACCCRAAAUCUGCCCUGCGGCUGGUGGAGGAUGGCAGCAAAGCCCAGCCUGGCCAGGGGGAGAAAGGAGAGGCAGCCCCGAUGUCCAAUGGUUUUUCGGGGGUGCAGAGCUCAGUUCCCUGUGGGGCAGAGGUGGAUGAUGCCCAGGGCACAGCCCCAGCUGCCACCACCACCACCACCACCACCACCACGUCCACCACCUGCGGGGCAGAAGGGCAGCAGCAGCUGAUGGAGCUGGAGGACAGAGAGACCUGGAGUAAAAAAAUUGAUUUUCUCCUCUCUGUCAUUGGGUACGCGGUGGAUCUGGGAAAUGUGUGGAGAUUUCCUUAUAUCUGCUACCAAAACGGAGGAGGAGCAUUCCUCAUUCCUUACACAAUCAUGGCCAUCUUUGGAGGGAUUCCUCUCUUCUACAUGGAAUUAGCACUGGGACAGUACCACAGGAAYGGGUGCAUUUCCAUUUGGAGAAAAAUAUGUCCCAUAUUCAAAGGGAUUGGCUUUGCCAUCUGCAUCAUCGAUCUUUACGUGGCCUCCUACUACAACACCAUCAUGGCUUGGGCGUUUUACUACCUCAUCUCGUCCUUCACGGCRGAGCUGCCCUGGACCAGCUGCACAAACCCCUGGAACACAGGAAACUGCACCAACUACUUCAGCAAGGACAAUGUCAGCUGGUCCCUGCACUCCAUCUCCCCUGCAGAAGAAUUUUAUACCCGCCAGGUCCUGCAGGUGCACAGGUCCGAUGGUCUGGAUGACCUGGGGGGCAUCAGCUGGCAACUCACCCUCUGCCUGCUGUUGAUCUUCACCAUCGUGUACUUCAGCAUCUGGAAAGGGGUCAAAACAUCUGGCAAGGUGGUUUGGGUGACUGCCACAUUCCCUUACAUCAUCCUCUUCAUCCUGCUGGUGAGAGGUGCAACUUUGCCUGGGGCUUGGAGAGGUGUCCUCUACUACUUGAAGCCUGACUGGCAGAAACUCCUGGCCACUGAGGUUUGGGUGGAUGCAGCAGCUCAGAUUUUUUUCUCCCUGGGACCAGGUUUUGGGGUCCUSUUGGCUUACGCCAGCUACAACAAAUUCCACAACAACUGCUACCAAGAUGCUCUGGUCACCAGCGCUGUGAACUGCCUGACCAGUUUUGUGUCUGGCUUUGUCAUCUUCACCGUGCUGGGCUACAUGGCUGAGAUGAGGAACGAAGAUGUGUCAGAGGUUGCCAAAGACACGGGGCCCAGCCUGCUCUUCAUCACGUAUGCAGAGGCCAUUGCAAACAUGCCUGCUGCCACCUUCUUCGCCAUCAUCUUCUUCCUCAUGCUGCUCACRCUGGGACUGGACAGCACGUUUGCAGGACUGGAGGGAGUGAUCACUGGAGUUCUGGAUGAAUUCCCACACGUCUGGGGCAAACGCAGGGAAUUGUUUGUCCUCGGUCUGACCAUCGUUUGCUUUUUGGGGUCACUGGCAACCCUGACAUUUGGAGGAGCAUACGUGGUGAAGCUGUUUGAAGAAUAUGCCACGGGUCCAGCUGUCCUGACCGUGGUGUUCCUGGAAGCAGUGGCCGUGUCCUGGUUCUAUGGCAUCACCCAGUUUUGUAACGAUGUGAAAGAAAUGCUGGGCUCUGCCCCAGGCUGGUACUGGCGAGUUUGCUGGGUUGCAAUUAGUCCCCUCUUCCUUCUGUUCGUCACCUGCAGCUUUCUGUCCAGCCCUCCUGAGCUGAGGCUUUUUGAUUAUGAUUAUCCCUACUGGACCACAGUCGUGGGUUACUGCAUAGGAACCUCCUCCAUCAUCUUCAUUCCCAUCUACAUGGUCUAUCGGUUGGUCAGCACCCCAGGAACACUGAAGGAGCGUAUUUUGAAAAGCAUUACUCCAGAAACAGCUACAGAAAUUCCUUUCGGAGACAUCCGCAUGAAUGCAGUAUAAGCUMACCUGGUUCUGGGGGAGGGAAGAGGAGCAUAAAAUAUCACUUUCCCCACCCUCUCCCCGCAAAGAAUCACCUUUCCAGCUGAGACAACAAACGGAGUUUUCCACGGAGGUUGCAUCACUGACAACAUUUGGAAAGGUGAUGCCUCCAAGCGAUUUAUCCAAGCAAUUCAAUGACAUCAACUGUGCACUUCCAAGCAGGCUGAACUGAGAACUCCCUCUGGAUCACGAGGGAAYAUCCCUGCUCCAGGAGUGGCACCGAGUGCCUGCAGCAGCUCCUCCAGGACGAGAGAGGCAAGGCAGGAUUAGGUGUAGACCCCCAGUCCGUGGCAGUGCUCCUGUAUCUCCCUCCGUGUGAUCGUUCGUACCGGGCAAUGUCGUAUUCGCUUCUAAGGUUCUCUAAUUGCUUCAACUACAUGGGAAAAUGCACAAAUAUUUCUGAUAGCCAUACAUUACUCGAGUAACGCAGGGGUUUAUAAACCAGGAAAACAAAAAUAGGAAGUUCCCUAGGUUUGUGGUGGAGURGACAGAGGGAGAGGAAAAAUGCUGAGCAACUCCGCACACCUCAGCACACACAACUGGUAGCAUUGGCCUCCUUUUCAUUUCCUGUUUUGUAGGUGGUUACAAUUCCUAUUGUUUCUUGCAUAAAAAAAAAACUACAAAAGCAUUUUUUGUGAUGUUUUAGGCUUCACUUUCCUUYAGACCCAAUCAAGCCACAGAAACUCAUCAUGAGUUACUUGACAAGCACUGAAGUUGCCAGCAUUUACUGUAUAGUUUCCAUAACUAAUCAUUGUCCUGGCAGACCUGAAGAAACUACAGACCAACAAUGAUUUUUUUUUUUAAUACUGAUGCCAAACAAUGGAAUCUUAAAGAUCUGCUUCUGUGCUUUACUUCCUUUUUGUUUUGUUUUUUUUUUUUUAUUUUGCAUCUAGCAUUUGCUAGAGCCUGUGGCUUUCUCUCCCUUUCCCUAGUACAGAAGUAAAAUUUAGAAGAAUCCUUUUGGCUGGCUGACAAAAGCAAACUUACAGCUAUCCAAAACUUCUUCAAAGAUUUAGUAGCUCAUAUUCUAAUGUGACUGCAUUGGGUUUUCACACUGAAGAAGAAAAUGAGAUUUUUUUUUUCUUAGCAAGGAGUAGAGUUCAGCAGGAUUGACUCUCAAUAGAGCCAUUUCUAUUAAAUUUCAAGGCACUGAUACACACAUGAACUUCCAUGUACAUUCUAAGCUCUUUACAYGACAUGCACACACAUGGUCCCCAAAUGCACCGGCCCUGUCCCUUGGAGGACACAGAUUCUGCUGCAGUGGAAGUGCAGAUAAACCCAAGCAGGCAUCAUUCAUGUCAAAACUUGCACUGUAUUUUCAUUCUGGCACGUAGAUUAUGAGGAAAGUAAAAUAAAAAACAGAUGAUAAAAGUCUCUUUUGCAUCCCAUGGUGUACUAAGGUAACACUGCUGAACUUGCCAAGGUUCCAUGUGCACCCAGAGCAGGGGCAUUAAGGAACCUGCUGAGGAGUUUACCUKGGUAUGAAGCACUUGCCAGGUGAGAGGAAAGCAGGGAUGGUGUGUUUGCCUUCUGAAAACAUUUUCAGCACCUCUGCCAAAGUUUUCCCCUUAUAUGCACCUGGAGAAAAGGCCUCUUCCAUUUCCUCUUCUACUCUGGCUAAUAACUUUUAAGUUCAUUUAAGUCUCAAGCCAACUUCCAAUAUAAAAAUAACUUAAGAGGGACAAGGACUGUUCUUUCARAACUACAGACUGCUGAACUAUUUUUAAAAAGGGAAUAUGUUCUUCAAUUGCCACUAGAAAUAUGUAAUAGAUCUGUCUUACUUGACAGAUACUCCAGRGAAGUAGUUUUGUAGUUGAUGCCUCUAAUGUAUUUGAAACCUACUUCCAAAAAUUAAAUUUCCAUUCAUUGAAAAAGCACACAUGAAAUAUCAAUGUAAGAUGAAUAUUUGUAUGUAUCCAAUAGCAAAGUGUGGAAWAUAAAGGAAUAAACCCUACCCAGUUUCUUCCCUCUUCAGACAAGUGUUCAGCUAACAAAAAAAUGUGUAUUUUAAGACACUGAUGUAGGAUAGAUAUCUUUGCUCUGGGUGGUUUCCAAGAGGCUUCCAAAGAAACACCACAUUUUUUAGUGAAUUAAGUCAGCCAGGAAGCCCUGACAGUAAGACAAGCCCUGAAACAGCUGAGACAUGAGAACAAUGUGCUCUGAGUCCUGAGAUACUGAGAGAGAAUGAAAAUUAUUAGAAUUAUUUGAAGAUACAAGAAGCAAUGUAGAUUAAAAAGGCUUUUUCUUUUCCUGAAUAAUACAAAGAUAAAAUACAUCCAUGUUUUCAUUCUAUAAAAGCUGAACUUGAAMGGCAGUUUACUCCUCAUUACUUUUUUUGUUACAUGGUGUACUGGUUUGAAUAUUUKAUUAUGGUAAGUUCAGUUUUUAGUAU